UGGGAAAGUUGCUGGUGAGUGGCAUGACGUCAUUGGUCGAGGUGAUGAAAUGGCCAAUCAAAGGAAGCUCAAAGGAGAUUUUGCGCCAACACUUACUCAGUGUCAUCAUGUGUCGCUCCUUUUUUGUUUGUAAUAUUUUUUUCUUUGAACUCAGAGUGACACCGAGUUCAAACCUGUUCUCAGACUUGAAAGAAAUCCAACGAUUUUUUCUUUUACAUUGUGCUGCUAGCUGUGUAAAAGCUUUCAUCAAACAUCUGCAGCCUCAUUAUCGCCCACAGAGCCAUUCUUUGUCAGAAAUAUCCCCCCGAUCCUGCGCCUUCACGCUUCAUUUAAAAAGAGCAUCAUGUCAUGAGCAAUAGCAGCCCACUUCUUUUUUUAAUCAGUAUGUCUUGCAUUUUGCCUAUUCACAUUACAGUGACUGUAAAGUAAAAUGGUACACAUUGGCUGUUGUGUGCGGGUGUGUGCUGCAGAGAGGUUGGUGACUCCACAUACAGCAUGUACAGUAUACUGCAGCGUCAGCACAAAAUGCAACAACUUCUGAACAGUGACGGUGAGAGAGGCACGUAGAGUAGGACCAAAGUUGAGAAGCCUAUUAUCAUUUUCAGCGAUUCACAGGACGAUUACACGUUUUUUUUUUCAUAGCGUUUUUACAAAUGCACCUGUCCGUGGUUAUCUCAACUGUACAGAGGAACCCCCUCUUCAUCUCCAGGAAUCAUUGUCUACCUCCUCGGGAUUUUUGAGCAGAUUUCCAACAAGCAGAGGAGAAGAUCCGUUGCGAUGAAUAAAGCUCCGUGUUUCCUGCAGCAGAGGGUGGACUGAAGGGGUUUUCCCUUUUUCACAGAAAGGAGCAGAGGAUGGAGACUGGGGGGUGAUGCGCUCGAUUUUUUUCCCCCUCUCUCUCUCUCUCUCUCUCUCUCUCUCUCUCUCUCUCUCUCGGUACAGUAGGGGACGUGUUGGCAGUAGCCUACCUCGGCUGGAGACGGUGCACCGGGGUCCAGCUGUCCACCUGUGCGGUACGGGAUUUUCCGUGGGUGUAUUUUUUUUUUUGAAUUACGGAUCUGAGGAUGUUGGGGGACUGGGGGAUCCUGUUCGCGCGCACGUGCAGCAGCAGCCUCUUCCUGAUCUGGACUCUCGUCGGCGUGAACAUGGUGGAGGUGUCGGGGUCCCAGCAAGGGAUCCCUCUGUCAGUAGUAAAGCUCUGGGCCUCCGCUUUUGGGGGAGAAAUUAAAUCAAUCUCUGCCAAAUAUUCUGGAUCCCAGCUACUACAAAAGGAGCUGUGGGCAAUCACAUCACCACGUCCAGGGACAAACUCCAGCACUGAGUCCAGUACUCCAAUCAAAGUCAGCAGCAGGAUUAGUCCAAAAACCACUGCUGCCUGUCUGUGGGAGGAAAUCCAAGGACCCAGAGGUCCACGCAAAUAUGGAGAGAGUGUCCAGACUGCGAUUAAAAGGCGGCUCCAGGCUCCAAACCUCGGAUCUUCCUGCACUGAGAAAUAUAAAGAAUUUGAAAAGUCUGUCCGAGUGGAAGAAAUUGAUGGUGUAAAAUUGGUCAAAAGCCUGGCUUUGAAGAUGGAGGAAAUGUUCAGGAAAAAGGCAGAGGCCACGAGGCGGUUGGUGGAGGCAGCGGAGGAAGCGCAUCAUCAGCACGAGGAAAACCCUGACCUUCAGUACGAGUACUUCAACGCUGUGCUGAUCAAUGAAGUGGACGAGGAGGGAAAUAAUGUUGAGCUGGGUGGAGAGUUCCUCUUGGAGCCCAAUGAUCAUUUCAAUAACCUGUCAGUCAACCUGAGCCUCAGUGUGGUGCAGGUGCCGACCAACAUGUACAACAAAGAUCCUGACAUCGUGAACGGGGUGUACUGGUCCGAGGCACUCAAUAAAGUUUUUGUUGAUAAUUUUGAAAGAGACCCUACACUCAUUUGGCAGUACUUUGGGAGCGCGAAAGGUUUCUUCAGGCAGUACCCUGGAGUGAAAUGGCAUCCAGAUGAACACGGCGUCAUUGGUUUUGACUGUAGAAACAGAAAGUGGUAUAUCCAGGCAGCAACGUCUCCCAAAGAUGUGGUGAUCUUAGUGGAUGUCAGUGGAAGCAUGAAAGGGCUGAGGCUGACCAUCGCCAGACAGACAGUCUCCUCCAUACUCGACACACUGGGAGACGACGACUUCUUCAACAUCAUUGCAUACAAUCAGGAGAUUCACUAUGUGGAGCCUUGUUUGAACGGCACACUGGUCCGAGCCGACAGAACAAAUAAAGACCAUUUCCGUGAACAUCUGGACAAGCUGUUUGCCAAAGGAAUUGGGCUCCUCGGGGACGCACUCGCAGAGGCGUUCACAAUCCUAAGUGAUUUUAAUCAAACUGGACAUGGCAGUGUGUGCAGCCAGGCCAUAAUGCUAGUGACUGACGGGGCGACUGAAAUGUAUGACGAUGUUUUUGAGAAGUACAAUUGGCCAGAAAGAAAGGUGCGGAUAUUCCCAUACCUGAUUGGACGAGAGUCUGCAUUUGCUGAUAACCUCAAAUGGAUGGCUUGUGCCAACAAGGGAUACUUCAGUCAGAUCUCCACGUUAGCAGACGUUCAAGAGAACGUGAUGAGGUAUCUCCACGUCAUGAGCCGCCCAAAAGUCAUCGACCAUGAACAUGACACAGUUUGGACAGAGGCUUACGUGGACAGUGCGCUUUCCCUGGCUCAUAAGCUGAAUGACAAAUCGGGCCCAAGUCUGACGACAACAGUCGCUAUGCCUGUGUUCAGCACAAAGAAUGAAACGAAGAACCAGGGAAUCCUGUUGGGGGUCGUAGGAACAGACAUCCCUCUGCAGGAGCUGAUGAAGCUCAUUCCCAAACAUAUGUUGGGAAUCCAUGGGUAUGCAUUUGCAAUCACAAACAACGGCUACAUCCUGAUACACCCCGACCUCAGACCUUUGUACCAGGAGGGUCAGAAGAGGAGAAAACCCAACUAUAGCAGUGUGGAUCUCUCUGAGGUGGAGUGGGAAGACAAAUAUGAUACUCUCCGUAACGCCAUGGUGAACAGGAGGACAGGGACGUUCUCUAUGGAGGUCAAGAAGACAGUGGAUCGAGGGAGGCGUGUCCUGAAGAUGCACAACGACUAUUACUACACCGACAUCAAGGGAACUCCAUUCAGUGUUGGCGUUGCUCUUUCCAGAGGUCAUGGAAAAUACUUCUUCAGAGGCAAUGUGUCACUUGAAGCGGGGCUCCGUGAUCUGGAACAGCCAGAUGUCGCCCUGGCAGAUGAAUGGAGCUACUGCAACACAGAGGAGCAGCACGAGCACCGUCACCUGACCCAGAUUCAGGCCAUCAAGCUGUUUAUGACGGGCAAAAGACCACACCUCAAGUGUGACAGAGAGCUGGUUCAGGAGAUUUUGUUUGAUGCUGUGGUCACAGCUCCACUCGGGGCCUACUGGACCGGACUGGCUCUCAACAAGUCAGAGAACUCAGAUAAAGGAGUGGAGAUCGCCUUCCUGGGAACACGCACAGGCCUAUCGAGAACCAACCUGUUUGUCCCUGCCGAUCAGCUCUCCAACAGAGAUUUCCUGACAGCUGAGGACAAGGAGGGUGUGUUUAACGCUGAUCACUUCCCUCUGUGGUACAAGAGAGCGGCAGAGCAGGUCCCCGGCACGUUCGUUUACUCCAUCCCCUUCAACGCAGCUUUGGAAAAUAAGAGCGUGGUUUUAGCCAGCACAGCAAUUCAACUCCUGGAUGACAGAAAGUCUCCAAUUGUUGCAGCGGUGGGGAUCCAGAUGAAGCUGGAGUUUUUUCAGAGAAAGUUCUGGACAGCCUGCAGACAGUGUACAGCUCUGGAUGGAAAAUGUAGCAUCAGCUGUGAUAACGAGGACAUUAACUGUUACCUCAUCGACAACAACGGCUUCAUUCUGGUCACAGAGGAGUAUUCUCAGACAGGGCUCUUCUUCGGAGAGGUGGAGGGUGCUGUAAUGAACAAACUUCCAAUGGGCUCUUUCAAAAGGAUCACACUGUAUGAUUAUCAGGCCCUGUGCAGAGAGUAUGCAGGGAGCAGCGACUCUGCACGCACGUUGUCACAUCCCUUCUCAAUGGUGAAGUGGCUCUUGACUGAACUUGUCAUUUUUCUGCUAGAAUUUAACCUGUACAGCUGGUGGCAUGUCGACCUCUCAGUGAAGAGACCCUCGGAUCCUUUGUCAUACAGAGAUCCCAGCAGUAACCUCUUCAUGGGUGUGGAUAAUAAGUGUGACUGCAGCAGUGCUCCUCCAGUAACCAUGGACCCCGUCGAGAUCAUGUACAACGAGUCCCUUAAAUGUGACAGACUGAAGUUUCAGAAGGACAGAAAAAAGCCUGAAUCAUGUCAUCCUUUCCAUCCUGAGGAAAAUGCCAUGGAGUGUGGUUCAGCAACACGUCUCUCCAGUUGUCUAACAGCAGCUCUGCUGCCUCUGAUAGCAGCAACCAUCAGCAGAAGAGAUGUGAUAAAGAUGCAUGAAGAAGAAGAAGAAGAUCACAGAAUGUUACAUAGAUAUCUCCUGCCAUAAUUGUAAGGUGACCACAUCCUCGAACCACGUUUGAGAAGCUUAUGAAUAAAUAAAAAGAAAUAUUUUCCUUCAUA